GAGUCCCGCAUUUAAACACCAUUCUCCUACUUGUAGUAAAAGAGAAAUCUGUUUCUUUUUCUAACUUAUAAAACUCACAUUUAUGGGCCUGAGCACCAACAUCGCCACCAUAACAUCCUCUAACAAAUACAACCACCACCAUAAUGGCAGCGGAGUCCUCCGCCACUUCCGCCGCAACAUACCCUAUAAAAACAGUAGUAGUUCUGGUCCAAGAAAAUCGCUCAUUUGACCACAUGUUAGGCUGGUUCAAAACACUUAACCCAGAAAUCAAUGGAGUAACCGGUCAGGAAUCAAAUCCCAUCUCAACUUCAGACACAAACUCCACCCUUGUUUCCUUCAAGGACCAAUCUGCUUACGUCGACCCUGACCCUGGUCACUCAAUCCAGGCCAUUUACGAGCAAGUUUACGGUGUUCAAUGGACCGAAGCUGCACUGAAUAAUCCCCAGGUUGUCAAAAUGAAUGGUUUUGCACAAAACGCAGAGCGAACGCAGCAAGGCAUGUCCACGAAUGUGAUGAGCGGGUUUAGACCGGAGGCUGUGCCGGUCUAUAAAGAAUUAGCCGUCGAUUUUGCGAUUUGUGAUCGAUGGUUCGCUUCUGUUCCGGCAUCAACGCAGCCUAAUAGGCUGUAUGUGCAUUCUGCAACUUCACAUGGUUUGACAAGUAAUGAUGCUAUGUUGCUUGUGGAAGGGUUGCCUCAGAAGACUGUUUUUGAGUCUCUGGAUGAAAGUGGAUUUUCAUUUGGGAUUUAUUUUCAGCAACUCCCUAGUACACUUAUUUACAGGAACAUGAGAAAAAUUAAGUACCUAAAAAACUUCCACCAAUUUGAUCAAAAUUUCAAAAAGCAUUGUGAAGAAGGGAAACUGCCAAACUAUGUAGUGAUCGAGCCGAUAUUUUUCGAUCUUUUAUCAAAACCUGCAAACGAUGAUCACCCAUCGCACGAUAUAUCAGAAGGUCAGAAUUUUGUGAAAGAAGUGUAUGAAUUAUUAAGAGCUAGCCCACAAUGGAAUGAAAUGUUGUUUGUGAUCGUAUAUGAUGAACAUGGUGGUUUCUACGAUCAUGUUCCAACUCCUGCUACUGGCAUUCCGAAUCCUGAUGAUAUUGUUGGUCCCGAGCCUCACUUUUUCGAAUUUGAUCGUCUUGGUGUUAGAGUUCCCGCUUUUCUAAUAUCUCCCUGGAUUGAGCCCGGGACAGUAUUACAUGGACCUUCAGGACCAGACUCUACAUCAGAAUAUGAGCACUCCUCAAUACCAGCAACUCUUAAGAAGCUUUUCAAUCUGAAAGAGUUUCUAACCAAGCGCGACGCUUGGGCUGGCACGUUUGAGACUGUUCUCACUAGAACUAGUCCAAGAACAGAUUGUCCUGUCACAUUGGCAGAACCUGUGAAACUGCGAUCUAGAGAGGCAAAUGAAGAAGCGGAUAUCAGCGAGUUUCAACAAGAACUUGUACAAUUGGCGGCAGUAUUGAAUGGAGAUUGCGCGACGAAUAUCUAUCCAUAUAGACUUGUGGAAUCCAUGAAAGUUUCAGAGGCUGCGAAUUAUGUUGAAAAUGCAUAUAAGACAUUCUAUGAAGAGUAUGUGAAAGCUAGAGACAGUGGGUUAGAUGAGUCACAAGUCAUUUCUAUAGUCAAGACUCGGGAGUCACUUGCUAUAGUUAGCAACGGUACUACCUCAACAUCCAAAACUUUUAUUCAGAAAUUAUUUUCUUGCUUAAUUUGUGACUAUUAGUAGUUAUUUCCUUUUCUAUGUUGUAAAUUAAAAGAUUUAUAUAUACUCUUUUCGUUGAAAAAUGAUAAGUUAUUUGGUUAAACACAAAAAUUAAGAAAAUAUAGUUAAAUUAAUUACAAACUAGUAAUUUUUUUUA